CAUGGCUUUCUAAAUCAACAACAUAAUUAUUACAAAGCACUCGCCAGCGCAACUUCUCUGACCUUCUUCUAUUGUGUUGGCACAUGUCCACUAAAAGCUUAAACAACAUGUAGCUGCUAUGAAGCGUGUAGAUGUGUUAAGUGAGUACAGGAUCAACAGUGCUACGUACACUGGGAGCUAUGGGACCGUGGACUCACUGAACCAGUACCCUAAUGACCAGGGGACUUCCCCUGCCAAGAGGUCCAGUCGCUCCAGUAUUAAUACAUCCCCUACCGUGCUCAACAUCAACAACCUCCCACUGCCUACCAACACCAAGGAUACGGCCCUACUACAGAGCGCAGUGUUCAUUCUGGACGGGAUCAAGUAUCGAAGCAUCCAGCACAAGAUAGAUCCACUCUCUCUCAGCAUAUACCAAGUCUACCAUUCUCGGCCGUUCCAGUGGCUCCUCAAAGGCGUUCUACUGCUACUGCUGAUGUUGGCAUUCUUCGAAUACCCCACUUCCUUCUCCCUCUCGUCAGAUUAUCGGUUCCGGAAUCAGACUUGGUUUUUGGGGGAGGCCCCGUGCGGUACCACCGAAGCUGUCGAGAUUGUCUGUCUAAUAUUCAUCUUGUGUGAUUGUAUGCUCCGGUUUUAUCUCGGCGGUUGGAAACGAUUCGUUAGAAAACCUUGGCUAGUACUGUAUGCCGUCAUGAUUGGGUUGUCCUUUAUUGACGUUUUCAUAUCCAUAGCGUUUUGUGAUCGCAAGUACGACCCGCUACCCAUGAGUUUGGCUUACACUCUUAGAAUGCGUCGAUAUUUUCGUCCGAUUUUCUUCUUGAUAUCGUCAACAAUCAUGAAAAAAUUUGCCAAAGCUGUUGCUCUAACUCUACCCCAUAUAUUCACUGUGCUUGUGCUGCUUGUGAUUCAUAUGUACGUGUUUGCAAUGAUCGGACUCUUGGUUUUCCCCCAUCCACCUGACAAAGCAAUAACGAACACUACAGGUAUAAUCAACUCGACCCAUCUACCGGACGCUGACAGUGACCUCAUCAACCCAAAUCUGAACUAUUCCUAUUAUACACAACAGGAGGGGGAGAGAUAUUUUAGGACUGUGGCGGAUGCUUUAGAGAGUUUGCUCGUAUUGCUCACAACAGCCAAUCAUCCGGAUGUGAUGAUGCCCAUCUAUCAGUACAAUCGAUUUUCGGCCAUUUAUUUCAUCCUGUUUCUAGGCAUCGGCUCCUACAUCAUUCUAAAUCUUCUAAUUGCCGUCAUCUACAACCAUUUCAAAGGUUUCUUUCAAAACUCGCUGCAGAGUAGCUUUCUAAGACGGAGAGUUGCUUUUCGAGCAGCGUUUACGAUUCUCAUCCGAAAAACUCAAGAUUUGAUGAAAAGAAGUAGCCAACGAAACAGUUACUCACAUGACCACGUCGGUAAGGACCUUGUACGAGAGUUACUACAGCGUGUAAAGAUCAAGGAAUCGCAAAAACCACUCAUGUAUCAGAAAUUAGAGACUGUAAAUUCGCAGUUCAUCAGUUGGAAGCAUUUCCGCGAAGUUUUCGAUCUCAUAUCCCAAGACACCUCUAGAAGAAGAGCAGCUCGACUGCCAUACUACACCAAUGUCAGGGUGUUCCAAUGGUUCCAAUUUAUCAUUCGUCAUCGCAUUUUUGCCUACUUUACACAUUUCGUCUCGAUCGUGAAUGUCAUUAUAAUCACCGUGGAACUGCAGCUGAGCUACAGCGAGUCGUUGUCCAAUCCAGACUCGAGGCUUGCCGGUUUCAACCUCUUCUUUGUCUCCUAUUAUGUCCUCGAACAAAUUCUCAAAUUAAUUGGAUUCGGUCUAAAAGGUUACUUCCGAAGCAUUGGUAAUAUUUACGAGGGACUGUUGACGUUGGCACUGUUGAUUUUAGAGAUCCUGGCUCUUGCUUUAUACGGAGGACCGUUGCAGACGCAUGCGCAUUUGAUUGAUGUCACCCAAUUCGAUAUUAUCAUUAGACUUAUGAACAUUUUCAUUGUGCUUCGAAUAUUGAGGAUUUUGGCUCACGUUGAGAAACUGAAAAUACUGACAGCUACGAUAUUUGAACUGAUUCGUAAUCUCAGAGGAUUUUCCGGUAUCAUUUUCGUCAUUUACUACAUCUUUGCCCUCCUAGGUAUGCAACUCUUCAUGGACGUGGACGGGCCGUCACAUGACCCUACUCUGCGGAUGACCUGUGGCACGUACGAUAAAUUGCGAUAUUUUGCUAACAAUUUCCACGAUUUUGCUUCCUCGCUGAUGGUAUUAUGGGAUGUGAUGGUCGUCAACAAUUGGUUCAUUCUUCUCGAUAAGUACGGAACUGACUCGUUUUUGGGAAACUGGGCAAAAUUGUAUUUUAUUGCUUGGUGGCUUGUAGCUGUCAUUAUAUUUGUCAACUUGUUUAUUUCUCUGGUGCUUGAGACGUUUCUGGUCAAGUGGGAGGCGGUCCAUCGCUCGCAGGAGGAGAAUCCCCCUGGGGAGUAUGAGGGAAGAGAGGGAGAGGCGUGGGAGAGACAGGCCACACAGGUGGACUCACAGAUAUCUGACAUCCACAACCUCCUUCGGGCACAGCUGGUAGAGCCAGAGGAGUCUCGAAUCAUGCACGAACUACAGAGACACCAUGACCUCAUGUUAGUGUGAACUCUGACCCCUGUUUAACUUGUUCAGUGUAUUGUGAU